AUCAUUUAAAGGGACAGUUCAGCAAAAAAAUGGAAUGGGGGUGAAGUGUUUGAGUUCACAAAACUUAAAUCCUACAGGAAAAAAACAAGAGUAACUUCCGUUGCAGAGACAACGUAAUUUCCUGUUUCUCCUGUUGAGGUCCGCCAUGUUGUCUGCAGCUCGAUGUCUCUGUGUUACGUCAGUGCUACGUCAUAUGUUUUCCUCCCUCACGCGGCGCGUCGCCCGGGUGGAUCCAGCGAGGCGGGGUCCGGGAACAUGGCAGACGAAGACGAGUCGGCAUCGGAGCCAGCCGCCGUCUCUCCCCCGGAGAGCCCUCACCCUGGGCGGCCACACUGUGUUUCUUUCUCCGAGAGCUUCCAGCCGGCCGUCGGGAUGGUGAGCCAGCUGCUGAGCCACCCGUCCUCCCUGAAGUUUGACAAGAACAUCAAACAGGCCUUUUACAACACGGGGGCCAUGAUCUUCGUGGGGAUCUGCUGCGCGGCCGCGGUGCUGGUCUACUUCAUCCUGGAGGCCUUCCUCCGGCCGCUGCUGUGGGCAGUGCUCUGCGGCACCUUCCUCCACCCCUUCAAGCACUCCCUGGCCCGGCUCGGCCGCUCGUGGCUCAGCGGCCUGCAGGACAGUGGGACCCCGGUAGUGGUGGGGACCCUGUUGGUCCCGGUGUGGUGCGUGAACUACGGGGUGGAGGCGAUGGGCCGGCUGGUGCUGGAGAGGCUCACGGUGCUGCUGGUGAUCGGAGCCGGGGCGCCGCUGCUUUACUUCCUCUACCUCUUCUGGAGCGUCAUCGGCAUGCAGGUGAUCCUCGGGCACAUGUGUGGGAUCAUCGGCGCCGUGCUGGACUGUUUCCACGCAGUGUGGGUGUGCACUGUGGUGUUUGGCUACUUGUCGACGGUUUGUUUCAAGUGGGGUCCUCAGACCGAGCACUACCUGAGGGUUCUGGCUCUUCCUGUCUGGGCCAUCCUGCUCUUCUACAUUGUGUCUCUGACCGGCUCCUGGAGAGUGCCCAUGUUUGUGGUGUUGGUCGUCCUGCUCAUCGUGGGCUCCCAAGAGAAACCACCUGUCCCUGGCCGAGGUGAGCUGUCAGGGCAGGUAUUGUCAUUUGCUGCUAAUACCUUUUACAUGGCGAUCUCCUGUAGCAACCUUCAGCCGAAAACUGAGCCCAGUGAAAACUCUGUCACAGACGGUGUGCAAUCUGUGGCCCCCCAGCCUGCCACCCCGGGGUUCCCUCGGGGCCCUCGUUCAUUACCUGCUGGCCUCUUCCAGAGAGAGAGAACCUCCCACAAAGCCAGUGAUAUCUACUUUAUUCUACUGGUCUGGGCCAUAGUUCUGGUUCAGGUCUGGCUCAACCUCUGGAUCCUAAAACUGCUGCCUAUCCCUGUAGCUGUGUGGGUCCUGAAGAAGCUGGUCGUCCACUUUGGCCUCAUGGGCUUUGCAGAGCGGACUCUGUCCUCGUGGUGGACGGUGGUGGAGAGGUUUGGACGUGAGCGAGAGGAGGCCCUGCUGCCCGGACCCGUCAAAGGCCUUGCCCAGUUCCUGCUCCGCAUCGACACGAAGAUGAUCGUGGGCCUGGAGCGAUCUCUGGAUAAAAUCAUCAGCAUCUUCAUCAUCUUCCUCCUCGUCACAGGGACGCUGCUCAUGGCUCUCCUGCUAACGGCUAUGGUUCAUCAUGAGAGCGUUCACAUCAUCGACGUAACCAGUAACCUCAUCAAUGAGACUGUUUCCAACCAUCCAGAAUGGGCCAAUUGGCUUCCAGAGGCUCGUGUGGUGCAGAAGGCUCUGAAUUCAGCUGCUACUAACGUGCAUCAACACGGGAGAGAGUGGAUAACACAGAAGCUUCACAAGAUGUUAGGAGACAAAGUGAACCACACAGCGGUGAUCGAGAAACAAGUUUUGGAGCUUUGGGACCGAUUGUACCACUCCUGGUUUGUGAAGAACGUGACCCAGUCUGGACGCCCCCGUGGUCAGAAGUUGAUUCAUAGACAGAACAGCUGGUUAGUCGACCUGCUGGACUGGAAGGACAUUGCCUCGUUCCUGCAGGAAAAUAUUGAGACUCUGCUGUCUAUCCUGGAGUCUCUGUGGGUGGUGAUGAGCAGGAACGUUGGUCUCCUCAUCUCCACGACAACCACCCUCUUCACUGUUUUGUUCCACAGCGGCACAGCUCUGCUCAACUUUGCCCUGAGUCUGGUGAUCUUCCUCACCACUCUCUUCUACCUGUUGAGCUCCAGUGGUGAAUACUACAAACCAGUCAAAUGGGUGAUCAGCCUGACCCCUCUCUCCCAGCCCGGACCCUCGUCUAAUAUCAUUGGCCAGUCUGUGGAAGAGGCGAUCAGAGGAGUGUUUGACGCCUCUCUGAAAAUGGCCGGCUUCUAUGGCCUCUACACUUGGCUCACUCACACCAUCUUUGGCAUCAACAUCGUCUUCAUUCCUUCUGCUAUGGCUGCCAUCCUGGGUGCCGUGCCGUUCCUGGGGACAUACUGGGCUGCCGUGCCGGCGGUGUGCGACCUGUGGCUGGUGCAGGGCGAAGGCGUCAAGGCCGUGCUGCUGCUGAUCUGCCAUCUGCUGCCCACAUAUUUUGUAGAUACAGCAAUCUACUCUGACAUCUCCGGGGGUGGUCAUCCGUAUCUGACAGGUCUAGCGGUGGCAGGUGGAGCGUACUAUCUGGGUUUGGAGGGCGCCAUCAUCGGGCCCAUCCUCCUCUGCAUCCUGGUGGUGGCCGCCAACAUCUACAGUGCCAUGUUAAUGAGCCCCAGCUCUGCGGUGCCCACGCCGGUGCAGUCGUCCUGGCCUCUGCACCCCAUCAGGACGUUUGCAGACUCCACGCCAUCCGUCAUGAAGAUGACCAGUGAGUGAUAGUAAGAAGGCGCGUCCCUGUGGAACGCUCCCUAUUGGCUGAUUCCUCAGGGGGAAGUGCUGCCCCACCCCCGAAGCUCUUCUUCCCUAAGCUGCCCGGCUCUACAGGCGUCAGCCUCGACCAAGAAGAGAUGGUGGUGUAAUGGUUGAUCUCCCAUGAUGUCUUCUGCUCGUCAGACCAGUCUCUGUGUGAGCCGCUCUCAUCUAAUACCCUUAAAUUACAAAUGUGAGCGUAUGUCCUGAUCCCAAACAUGGACCAACAUGUAGAGAUGUUGAUGCAAAUCACCUCGUCUUCAGGACAUAGUGCCUAAAUUCAUUUUCUUAUAUUGAGAAAUGGCAGAAAUGUUCCUGUAGUUUAUGAAUUUUAAGAUGAUAUAUUUUAUCUACGAGGCCCCUGAUUUCCACCGUGUAUGGCUGGCUCUGUUUGAAGCUGCAGCGUGUGGUCGCACCGCUUCUGUUCUCCCUACCUCUCUCCUCAUGGAGGUUCAAGUAGAGUUUGUAGUGAAGGCAGGUAAUGAACACUUCUCACCACAGCGACCUCACACCUCGCUCAACAGAACGGGUUGUUGAGUGUUUGAUGUUUGAGUGGAAGAAGCUGUGAGUCUACAACACUCAAACUCUGCUUUAACAAAGACGUCCGUCUCCUGGACCAGGCUCUGUUACACUGUUUAAAGUGUCUGUACGAUUAAAACAUCGCACAUGUUACAGUUUUUCUAACGGUUACAGGUUUAGACUGAUGACGUUUCCCUCAGCGGGUCAGGUCAGAAGACCGACGUUUAGUAAUUUAUUAUUUUUAAUAGACACUGAGUGCACAUAUAGGUCGGAGUAUUAGGGCCAUGUUGAAGAAAGAAAGACUGACAUUUUGAGAAUGUAGUCGUAAUAUUCUGAGAAAAGUGGCUGUUGAGAGAUGACUCAUAAUAUUGUCAUAAAAUUGAUUAGAAAAAAGCUGUUUCACUUCCUCUGGAUCCAAAAUCUUAAAACAAUUUUAUGGUGAAACUAAGAAACAUCUUUUGAUUAACUCCCAGUUGACAAACAUUUCCUUAUCAACUAAUAACGACUGAAUUCUCGUAAAUUACAACUUUAUUCCCGUAACAUUUCAACUUUAUUCUUGUAAUCUUUUAACAUGGCCCUAACACUCUCUCUCUCACACACACACACACACACACACACACACACACACACGCACACACACACACUUCCAUUCUUCACACUCUCAGCUGAUCAGUCAGAACUGAAGGAUGUUUACACUCUGAGGACGUUGAUGUUUGAGAGUUUUCAUCAGCACUUUUCAACAUUUGCUAUGACUGUGACUUAUAUCCCCAUCACAUGAUUUCAUCAGUAGUUCAAACCUCACACACCUCCCAUCCCUCAGAAAUGUUUUGUAAUUUCUACUCCUGUUCUCCUGCACUUGUCCACCUCACAUGUCACCUAUAGUCAGCGGUGACGUAGUUUACAUCACUUGAAGCUUUAUUUAAUGAAUGUAAUGUGACAACGGAUGAUUCAUGGCCACUUUGUUAUUUAGCUGACAGUGGGGGGGUGGUGAUGUGGUUCUAUCAAUGGUUUCAUACUGUAGUUUUAUUUGGUACUGUUGCUGUGAUUUAUUAAUUACUAGAUAUGCACUAACACAAUAAACACUUUCAAUUGA